ACUUAAGAGUCCCGCCGCCAAACUCGCGGCAGCGGCAGCAACAGCUGAUCGCUCGCUUCCCCGUGGACGCGUUUCUUCCCUCCGCGUGGAAGUUUGGCCCGUUUGGGGACCGCGAAUGCCGCCGGCCGCUUUGGCUUGCUAGUUUCGCUUCCGCAGCCCCGCGCUUGCGCCAUGGCAGAGAAGUUGCAGCCGCGCGCCUUGCGGCUCUCGCCUCCCGGCUUGGGCUUAGCCGAGGGGGCGCGGGGAGCGAGGGGCCGUCAGGAUGUCGGGGGACAUGGAUGAAGAAGACGAGGCCUUCCAGCUUCCGACGGGAGGCGUUGCUUGUGAGGAUGAGGACAUGGAUGAAGAAGACGAGGCCUUCCAGCUUCCGACGGGAGGGACCAGGCUGGCCUCUGUCUUUGAACAGGAUCAGACAGCUACAGAAUCUGGAAAUCCAAGGCCAUCCAAGCGGGCCAAAAUUAGUCAUCCAGCUACCGCUGCAGGUCUGUCUACCCAGAAGCAUCCUCCUGCAGCUGCUGCUGCUGCUGCACCCACUGCUGUGCCCGCUGCUGCUGCUGCUCCUGCGCCCACUGCAGCAGUGCAUUCAGUCUUCUUUGCUACAGUUGUUCAUGCAUAUUUGUUUACCAAUGGGAAAUAUGUGAAACAUGGCAAGUAUGGAGCAGCUGUAGUGGGCAGCAAUGCAACCAAGGAGUACAAAGUGCUUCUUUAUAUCACCCAGCUGCAGCAGAUUGCGACUGCCAGCAUCCAUGCCUCUUUUGUAUUCACGGUGCAGCCCAACAACUACUGCACAUUUUAUGAUGAUCAGCGGCAGAAUUGGUCCAUCAUGUUUGACUCAGAAAUGGCGGCUGUGCACUUCAGUAAACAGCUGUGCAUUGCCAAGUAUAACAGCAGCCAAUCUCCUGACUCAGUGCUGUGCCAGGAUCUUGUUCUCGGAGACGGCCAAGGUGUGGCGACUGGAGAUGUCCUGGAGAUCACUUUUACAGGCUGGCUGUUCCAGAACGGUAGUCUUGGGCAGGUUUUCGACUCAAAUAUAUACAACGCAAAGCUGCUGCGUGUGAAGCUAGACUCUGGUAAAAUCAUCCAGGGCUGGGAAGGUGCGAUAAUUGGCAUGAAGAGAGGAGGUAGGCGGUUCCUCCUCAUCCCACCAGCAUUGGCUUGCAGGCCUUUGGCAGAAUCUGAACGCAUUCCUCCAGACUCGACCCUGGCCUUUGAGGUGGAAGUCAAACGGGUGUGGUUUGCAAAGGGUGCUGACUCCGCCGGACAGAGCCUGGGCCCCAAGGACUCCCUCACACCUUCACCAGCACCACAAUCAGAAAGCCCCGCUACAGACCCAGCCUGGCUGACUCCUCCUACACCUGCUCCAAAGCCAGGCUAUGUGGAGCAGAGCAACCUGAUAUUUGAGCAGAGCGAUAGCUCACUGCAGAGCACCAUGGAGCACACCCAGGCAAGGGUCCUACAUGCUGAACAGGAGAAGGACAUGCCGCCACUGGAUCAGGGGUGGGACCAGGUCAAGAUCAGCAAGAAGCUAGCGGAAAGCAUGGUGCGUAUCUCCCAAAUCCAGCAGAGCUUGAUCUGUCUUCAGAAGAAGGGGAUGGAUUACCACUCCCAACUGAAUGAAGCCCUGACAGAGUCGGAGAGGCAGAAAGCCCUGGUCAACCAACUGCAGGCACAGUUGGCAGAACUUCAUAAAUCGUCUGACGACAUGAAAAGCAGAUACCAGGAGGAGAAGCUGAGUGGGAAGAAUUUGGAUGAGAAGGUGGCAGCCCUGGAAGAGGAGCUGGCUGAUAUCCGCGUUCAGAAGGAGAAUCUGGAGAAGGUGAAGAAGAUCAUGAAUGAGGUCUUCCAGUCCCUGCGGAGCCAGUUCAACUUAGAGGAGUCCUAUACUGGCCAGGAGGUCCUGGGUAUCGUCCUGAACGCCAUCAAGACAACAACUCUGCAGCUGCUGGAGAGUCAGGAGGAGCAAAGGGGGAGCAGCAGCACCGAGGAGGAAGGACCUGCGGAAAGGAAGCAGCCAAGUGCCGCACCCCUUUAUGGGGAUCCCCACAGCAACUCUCUCCGAGAACCAGCACCAGUGGCAUCCCCCGCUCCUUUGGCUAAUCUGAAGGAAAGCUCAAGCAGUCCUCCAUCCACCGCUCUCGAAGGAGCCCAAGACAGUCUGCUUUUUGCAGCUCCUGAGGCUCAUUCUUCGGAAGCACCGGUUGAACAAACUUGUGCAGCCUCUGCUCAAACUGCAAGGCCGCCUCUCAGGCUCUCCGCCAGUAUUGAGAAGGAGAGGCCAAGCACUCAGGGUGAAAUGGACACAAAAGACACUGCCAUUCUGGCACCUCCAAAUCCAGCGGCGGAUGAGACGGCACCUCCAAUGGAGGGGCCCACAACGGGUCCAGAGGGCAAGGAGCAGAGUGGGGCAAGUCAGCACACCGCUGGCCCCACCUCUCAAGCUGCUGUAGCCGACAAGCAGCAGGACUUGGCUGGAGCCUCACAGCCAAGACCAGCGUCCAGCCCCAUGGAAGCGGAUUCCAGUCUUCUUGAGGACAAGGGUGGUUUCUUCAAAGUUGCCACUCCCAAGCCAUCUGCAUUGGGCAGAAGAAGACGUCUCUUGGCAGAAGACGACGACGAGGAAGAGGUGGUAAGAGCUUUGAGGGGGUGCAGUGGUGUAUGGUGCCAUUUGGGACGGCUUAAGGUGCCAGGCAUAGAGGCCCUCAAUAGGUGUUUGAUAAACUAAAGUGGUAGUGUUUUGUUACCAGGGCACCACCAUUCUUUCCUGUGGCUGUUAGGGGCGCUAUAUUGUUACAGUUUUGUGGCAUGUUGUGCCUUCCUUCUC